AUGGAUUUCUUUCACUUAGUACAGUAUUAUAAAAUGCAUGUUUGGGAACUUAGUAAUCAUGUUUUCGGUUUACGAUUAAAGUCAUCAAAUCCUGCGUAUGACACUGUUGCCGUCGAGAUGUCAGAGACGAAUGGAACAUCCAGUGGGCAACAAACAGUUCCUUCUACGUCUGCAACCCAAAAUGAAAAUAUAGACGGGAAAAUAACUUAUCAGAAAGUUAUGCAAAGAAUUAUCCAAAGAUAUAUAUUUGAUAUACAGAGAGAGGCCGAAGUAACAGAAGAUGACUUUGAAGAAAUAAAACAAGAUAUUUCCAGUUUCCGAUACGAAAUACUAAACCAAUGGAGAACCAAGGAAUCAAUGCAGACUGAGAUGGCGGGUAACUUAUCGUCAUUAAAAACACAACUUGAUGAAAUCAGAUGUGAGCUCUUAGGAAAACAGAAACCAAAAUUAUCAGAUGUCCACCGCGGAUCAUUUGAGCGACAAGAUUCUGGAAAAGCACGAGCUGUUGAUUGCCAUCCAAAGUCACUUGAACGUCAAGACACACCGUGGCCACCCAUUGUGAAGCCCGAGAAUGCAGAAACUAAGCAAGAAACAGAAUAA